CAAUUUUCUCUUCAUCUCCAUUUUCUCCAUUUUUUCACCUUUGCUUUUUCUUCGCAUUCUCCCCUUCGAAGAUUAAACGAGUAACAAAGAAAAGGCCAGUUUUUUUUUUUUUUUAACAAGUUUACAACCUCAAAUAUUAGUUGAAAUUUGUCCCGCAUAAUAAAUAACCUCGUAUAACAAUAAUUUUCGAUACAACAUGGUUCACUCCGUGCCCAACAUGUCGUCAACUGCUGUGACGGACGAUGAUUUUGAUGUCCGUCACAGUAAUUUCUCGGCUUAUGACCCGAAUCGCCUUAGUGGUGACGGGUCCCCUACGAUGUUGUCUCCGUGGAACCAAAGUUGUUCCCCUUGUACUAAAUCCCCUUGGCAUAAAUUCGAUGAUGAUGUUCCGAUGAAUUUCCCCCAAAAUGGGCUCAUUGGGUCUCUCGUUCGCGAAGAAGGGCAUAUUUAUUCUUUAGCUGCUAAGAAUGAUAUUCUUUAUACUGGUUCGGAUAGCAAGAACAUACGUGUUUGGAAGGAUAUGAAGGAAUUUUCGGCUUUUAAAUCAAAUAGCGGUCUUGUUAAAGCCAUUAUCAUCGCCGGAGAGAAGAUUUUCACGGGUCAUCAAGAUGGAAAAGUGCGAGUUUGGAAGGUGCAAUCGAAGAAUCCUAACAACCAUAAACGUGCUGGGAGUUUGCCAAAACUUAUUGACAUUUUCAAGGCUUCCAUUAAGCCUAGCAACUAUGUGGAGGUAAAACGCAACCGGACAGCUCUUUGGAUCAAGCAUUGCGAUGCAAUUUCAUGUUUAAGCAUGGACCAUAGCCACGGCCUUCUUUACUCAGCUUCAUGGGAUAGAACUUUUAAAGUAUGGAAAGUUGAUAGUUCCAAAUGUUUAGAGUCCGUUAAAGCCCAUGACGACGCCGUUAAUUCAGUAGUCGCCAGUGUAGACGGAAUCGUCUACACCGGUUCAGCUGACGGAACCGUCAAAGUUUGGCAAAGAGAAUCUAACGGAAAAACCGUAAAUCAUGUUUUUGUUCAGACGCUACUUAACCAGGAAUGCGCCGUUACGGCUCUAGCGGUUAAUAAAUCCGGUUCAGUGGUUUAUUGCGGUUCAUCAGAUGGCGUUUUAAAUUUUUGGGAACGUGAGAAGAAAAAUUUAACACAUGGUGGGGUCCUUAAAGGGCAUAAAUUGGCGGUUCUUUGUUUAGCCGCUGCUGGAAAUUUGGUUUUUAGCGGUUCAGCGGACAAAAAUAUUAUUGUUUGGAAAAGGGACGGUCCGGUUCAUAUGUGUUUGUCUAUAUUAACCGGUCAUAAUGGACCGGUGAAAUGUUUAGCGGUCGAGGAAGAUAAAGAGUCGACCGGAAGAGAGAAAAAAUGCGUGGUUUAUAGUGGGAGUCUUGAUAAAUCGGUUAAAGUUUGGAGUGUUUCAGAAAUGGCACCUAAUUUGCAUCAAAUGGCCGGUAUGCAACAAAAUGGCCAAGAAGAUAAUAGUUGGGAUUCAAUCCCAUCUGUUAAAUACUCAUCGGACGGUCCAAGUGUAUGACACGUGUAAUGUUGAUGCAUGAUUAAUUAAUUUGUCUAAGUUGCAUGGUCUUUUACACCAUUGUUGCUAAUAGAGAUGAAAAGUCAAUUAAAGGGAUUAUGGUUUAAAUCAUGUAAUUAAUGUAGUGUGUAUAUUUUAUUUUGGCAAGAUGACUGCUAUGUAAUUUCAGGAUAAGGAAUGUGGAUGAAUAAUAUCCUCUUAAUUACAA